CUCCGCAGGCGGGCAGGCAGGCGGACAGGCAGGCAAAGGCUGUCCUCCGCCCCGAGCUCCCAUUUUCUGAGGCUCCGGGGCUGCCCUGCCGCCCCGCAGCUCCCCGGCCAGAGGCGGGUGCGCGCUCCGUGAAGGGGAGACCUGGGACGCUCAGGACAGCGCAGGGCAGGUGUGCGGGCGGCGCACGGUGAGCAGAGCCGUGAGGAGUCUGGACGGGCCAGGCCUGGAGAUGGUGGGGAACUGUUCCUGGGAGGCCCAUCCUGGAGCCAGGGGCAAGAUGUGUCCCGGCGGGAGUGAGGCCCCGGAGCUCUACAGCCGCGGCUUCCUGACCAUCGAGCAGAUCGCCUUGCUGCCACCGCCGGCCGUCAUGAACUACAUCUUCCUGCUCCUUUGUCUCUGCGGCCUGGUGGGCAACGGGCUGGUCCUCUGGUUUUUCGGCUUCUCCAUCAAGAGGACCCCCUUCUCCGUCUACUUCCUGCACCUGGCCGGCGCCGACGUCGGCUACCUCUUCAGCAAGGCCGUGUUCUCCAUCCUGAACACGGGGGGCUUCCUGGGCACGUUCGCCGACUACAUCCGCGCCGUGUCCCGGGUCCUGGGGCUCUGCACCUUUGUCGCCGGUGUAAGCCUCCUGCCGGCCAUCAGCUCGGAGCGCUGCCUGUCCGUCCUCUUCCCGGUCUGGUACUGGCGCCGGCGGCCCAAGCGCCUGUCGGCCGUGGUGUGCACCCUGCUCUGGACCCUGUCGCUCCUGGUCACCAGCAUCCACAACUACUUGUGCGUGUUCCUGGGCCGGCAGGGCUCGGGCGCGGCCUGCAGGCACGUGGACAUCUUUCUGGGAAUCCUGCUUUUCCUGGUCUUCUGCCCACUGAUGGUGCUGCCCUGCCUGCUGCUCAUCCUGCGCGUCGAGUGCCGGGCCCGGCGGCGCCAGCGCUCCGCGAAGCUCAACCACGUCAUCCUGGCCAUGGUCUCGGUUUUCCUCGUGUCCUCCAUCUACUUGGGGAUCGACUGGUUCCUCUUUUGGGUCUUCCAGAUCCCGGCCCCCUUCCCCGAGUAUGUCACCGACCUAUGCAUCUGCAUCAACAGCAGUGCCAAGCCGGUCAUCUACUUCCUGGCCGGGAGGGACAAGUCUCAGCGGCUGUGGGAGCCGCUCAGGGUGGUCUUCCAGCGGGCCCUGCGGGACGGCGCCGAGCUGGGGGAGGCGGGGGGUGGCACCCCCAACACGGUCACCAUGGAGAUGCAGUGCCCCUCCGGGAACGCCUCCUGAGAGCCAGGACCCAGAGGGGGCAGGGGCCGUGGCCCCCAGAGACCCUUUGCCACAGGACAGGAGCUUGGCAAGUGCCCCGGUGCCCAGGCACAAGGAGGAGAGUCUGCUUCCCGCCCCUCAUGCCUCCUUCUCCGUGGGCCAGAGGCUCUGGGGGUGGCUGGUGGACUGAGCAGCCCCCUGCCAACAGGCCCUGGGACCCGGACAGGCUCCCGCAGCAAUUCUCUAUGGUCAGAGGCCCAUGGUUGGGAAGUUGCCCCCGGAGGGUGGGGCUCCUCCUCCCCCCAGGCUGGUCAGGAAAGGAGACGCGGGGGUCACCCGGCCCCAUCCACCUCCUGCCCCUUUAAAUCAGCCCUCCUUGAAGAUGACACAGCCGCCCCCACCGCCCCUUAGGGCGGCAGCUUCGCCCCAUCAGGGCACCGGUCUCUCCGUUGUGCCCUCCGAGCAGUGCUGGCGAGCCGACCGGAACGAAAUGGUGCUAUGUGGGAGAGGGCUCUGGCUCACCCGCCCUGCAGCUCCGUCCUUCUGCACACGAUGUCUCGAUGAAUCCUUUGCUGACUUCAGUGGAGGAGUCUCGGGUCAUGGCCAGCAGCUGGGCAGGAAGGAGCUCUGGCCAGCUCGGGCAGGCCACUGCUCUCUGACUCCCCGCGGGCCAGCCCCUGGGCAGCCUCCCGGAGGGCACGGUGUGUCGGUCCUCGAGACUCGGCCGACUGUCCGGGGCCUCUAGGCUCCAGCCCCACCCCGCCCCCCGAAAGUGGGCACUGGUCCACCUGGCCACCCAGCCCACCUCCAAGCACAGUGGCCCUGCGUAGCCAACGCAAGUCUUACGAAAAACAAUAAAUGCAUAUUAAUAAACGUUUUAUAUCAUGCACUGA